AUGGAUAACCAGUCACCUGGGAGGAGUUUCGAGACACUGAUUCCUAUAGAUGAUUUCUCUGAUAGCAGCAGCGGCGAGAGUGAAAGAAAUGGUGGUUUUGCUCGCGUUUUGGCGCAAUCUAGUGUGGAAAACUUUGAGGCAGACUUGAGCAAGUUGAAGCAGGAUAGCUCAGCCAAAUUCAAGAAACGUUGGCAGGAGAUUAUUCUGCGGUACUCUGAGAUCGACGACGAAAUCGAAAGCGAUGAAAUUGAUCUUCAUACGGGCAAAAUCACCGUGGACAAUGGCCAUUUGAGAUCAUUGGCAGCUGAAGGCCAGAUGAUCAACGGGGUCAAGGUCCACAGUAGCAUAUGGACAGGAGAUUAUGACUAUGACAAGAUAAUGAAGGAGGAGGAUCGUUUACAGAGGCAGCAGAGAAAGGCAAAGCAACAAAUGAGAGAAAAACUCAAACGAGAAGACCGUUUCUACAACAGUUCUCCAUCGACAACAGAUUCAGAUGUUUUUGGUGAUCGACUGGUGGUGGACGUGUCACCCAGCAAACGAUUGAGCAUUUCACCUUUAAAGCGGAAAUUUAGUCUACCGUCGGGAUACAUUUCACCCGUCAAGAGGAGUGUUGAGUCCAGAGACUCUCCGAAUCAUAGUCCUCUUCGAUACCAGAGUCAAAAUGUAAGCUAUAGCCCUCUAGGGAAUAAGAUUCCCGCUGAGAGUCUUCCAGAAAGCAAAAAGUCCAGCCAGAACUCCAAUCUGCCCCACAGAUCGAAGCCACGGAAGCUUUCCUUCGAGAAUUACAUCCACGAUGACCUGUACUCCAUGGUGUCUGACUUAAACGACGACAUUCAACUAUCUCUAUACACCUGUGCAUUCUCUGAGUGCCGUUAUACUUCGGAAACAAAGACUAUGUAUCGGUCACACUUGCUACUGAAACAUGUUUCUGAAUUGCGGAAAAUUGGGUAUCCAGUGACAAAAGAGUCGAACUAUGAGGAUCCAAAACUAAUUGCUGGUGGUGUUCUGGAGCUGCCUUCAAAGAAAGCCUUAGAUUUGACAAUUCCAGAAAUGACUAUCCUCAAGUUGAACUUGCACUUUCCUCUCCAAAUGUCUAUAUCCCCGGGAUGUCCUUACGUCUGCAAGAGGAACAUUGGAUCUGGAAAGUGUACAAAGUCGUUUAUGUCUAGCAAGCAGUUGGUUGAACACCAACAGAAGUACCCACAUCAAUGUUCCACAAGGAGGCAGGUCCUUCUUUGUCCGAUUUUGGGGUGUGAUUAUAUGACCGACUGUGGAGGUGAAGAAUGGAGGGACCAUGUUAAUUCCAAGCAUUCAGGCGAUGUGAAGCCACCCAAGAUGGCAAUUAUCGAUAAUGAGGUCAUGGAGAGCAUAGAGGACGUGUUCAGUGAUUCUGUUUCCAGUUUGGACUUUAGUGGAGAUGAAAAAGGUGAGCCAGAAGAGGAUGAAGAUUCAUCAGAAGCCUUAGGGAACAAAGGGGAAGAAGAGGAAAGAGAGGAAAAAGAGGUACGGUUGGUGAAUGAAGCGAAGGUAGAAGAGAAAACUAAAAUACCAAGGAAGGAAGUGGAUGACUUUUGGACACCAAAAGCUCCAGUUGUUUCUGACAUCACUACACUGGUUAGUCACAAUUUUGAGUUCGAGAUUGUCACUUCGGAUGACGAAUAG